CCUAAGCAGUUCCCGGCCGGCGCCAGCAGGCCUGCUUGGUCGAUCUUCGAGUAGAGGAUGCGGCGGGGCUGGAAAAUGGCUCUGUCUGGGGGGCUGCGGUGCUGCCGCCGGGUACUGUCCUGGGUGCCAGUGCUCGUUAUUGUCCUCGUCGUUCUCUGGUCCUACUAUGCCUACGUCUUUGAACUCUGCCUGGUGACUGUUUUGAGCCCAGAAGAGAAAGUUAUCUACCUCAUACUCUAUCAUGCCAUUUUUGUGUUCUUUGCAUGGACCUACUGGAAGUCUAUCUUUACACUCCCACAGCAGCCAAACCAGAAGUUCCACUUGUCCUAUACAGACAAGGAGCGCUUUGAAAAUGAAGAGAGACCUGAGGUCCAGAAGCAGAUGCUUGUGGAUAUGGCCAAGAAGUUACCGGUGUACACAAGAACUGGGAGUGGAGCUGUACGGUUCUGUGACCGGUGCCAUCUAAUCAAGCCAGACCGCUGCCAUCACUGUUCUGUCUGUGCCAUGUGUGUUUUAAAAAUGGACCAUCACUGCCCAUGGGUUAAUAACUGCAUUGGAUUUUCCAACUACAAAUUCUUCCUUCAGUUCUUAGCUUAUUCUGUUCUCUACUGCCUGUACAUUGCUACGACCGUCUUCAGCUAUUUCAUCAAAUACUGGAGAGGAGAAUUACCCAGUGUUCGCUCUAAGUUCCAUGUCCUCUUUCUCCUCUUUGUGGCCUGCAUGUUUUUUGUCAGCCUUGUGAUUCUCUUUGGUUACCAUUGUUGGCUUGUCAGCAGAAACAAAACUACCUUAGAGGCCUUCUGCACACCAGUAUUUACAAGUGGACCAGAGAAAAAUGGGUUCAAUCUUGGCUUCAUCAAGAAUAUCCAGCAGGUGUUUGGUGAUAAUAAGAAGUUCUGGUUAAUACCUAUUGGGUCCAGCCCUGGUGAUGGACACUCCUUCCCUAUGAGGUCAAUGAACGAGUCACAGAACCCUCUGUUGGCAAAUGAGGAACCCUGGGAAGACAGCGAGGAUGACAGUCUAGACUAUCCAGAAGGCUCAUCUUCUCUUGCUGUGGAGAUCGAAACAUAGCAGUCUUCACCUUUUCUGCAGCUCUGACAGGAACCAUCUCCCAUGAGGUUUACAGACUUCAGCGCUGAGAACAACCACAAAACACAUCACCA